AUGAUCCUUUUAGGAUUCAUAGGUUUGUUUUCGAGUCAAAAGAUGAUAAAGGAAUUUUAGUAAGCCACCUAUGACUUUAUAGACUUCAAGGUUAAUAAAAAUUAAGUUUAAGAUCUCGCAAUGAUUAUGCUUAGGGUAAUUAGAAUGAUUUGUUAAUUGGGAAAUUUUAAAUUUUCAGUUGAGAUUAUAGAUAAAAUACUUGAACUUCUAAAGAAUCUUCCUAUAGUAUUCUGCGCUGAUUAAAUAUUUAUGGAAAACAUUUUGAUACUUUUAACUGAUUUAAAGUAAUUUGAAUUGGGUUUAAAAUACUCAGAAUUAUCAUUAAUUCUUUGUGAGAGAUAUUAAUAACCUGGAGUAGAAAAUGAUUAAUACUUGAAGUUAAAGAAAAGAUUCGUGUUAUUCAAAUAUGAAUGCUCCCUUUAAAUCAGUUGCAAUUAUUCAAGAUCUGAACUUAGAUAAAUAGAAGAAGAUAUAAAUUCAAUUGAAACAAUUCUUGGAUAGGCUGGAGAUGUUUAAAUGAGACUAUUAACUGUUAAAUAAAAACUCAAGCCUUUAGUUGAAAAAAGCAAUUAGGCCAUGCUACUUAAAGCUCUAGGGUUUGGAGUGCUAGCUUCAGGAUUAGUGAUAACUGCUGUUAUUUACUUUACUAAAAAGAGAAAUUGA